AUGGUUGGAGGUGAGGAGACAAGGGAUCGUGGGGACGGGCGUGGGAAGGAACGCGAAAGUAGGCACAAGGAUGGGCAGAAGGAUGGGGAGAAAGAAACAGAUAGGCAUGGUCGUGACAAGGCAGGUGGUAGGAAGAGGGAGAGAGAGGAUGAGGGGGAGGAGGGGAGGGAGAAAGGGAGGCAUAAGGUUGGGCAUCGAGAGAGUGGGCAGGAUGGUCGUGAGGGGAAGAGGGAGGAGGAGAAGGGACGGAAGAGGAAGGAGGAGAAGGAUAGGGAUAGGGGAGAGCAUGGGAGGGAAGGGAGAGAGGAGGAGAGGAGGGUGAAAGAAGAUCGAGGAAAGGAAGAGAAAGGGAGGGAAGAGGGGGAGCGAGAUGAGAGAGGGAGGAGGGGGAUGGGUAGGGAUGAGAGAGGAGGAGAAGAGAGAGGGAGGGAGGCGAAGAGGAGGGAGGGGAGAGUGAGAAGGGAUGGUUCAGAGGAGGAUCAUGGUGGGUCAGAGGGGGUGGAAGGGAGAGGACAGAAGGAGGGGAGAGGGGAUGAGAGGGGCAGUGGGGAUGGGAGGGGAAGUGGGGACGGGAGGGGCAGGGGCGGCAGCAGCGAGUUUCAGAAGCCUUCUUUUCGAAAGGCAGGAGAACAGGAGAGGAGAGGGGAGGAGAGGCGAGGAGAGGACACAGGAGAUGAGGACGAGCGGAGGGACGAGGAAGGGGAGAUGAGAAGAGGGGGGCCUGUGGGUGGGAGAGGCAGGAGCUUUUUGAGAGAUCAAGGGGGGGAUGGGAGACCUGGCGAGGAGUGGGCAGAGGGGAGGGCUGGUGAAGGGAGGAGCCGUGAGGGGUGGAAGGGGGAUGGGGCAAGGAGGCCCGGGGAUGGGUGGAAGGGGGAUGAAACCCGGAGGCCUGGGGAGGAGUGGCAAGGGGAGGGAACAUGGAGGGCUGGGGAUGGGGCUAUGACGGGGAGGGGGCGAGGCAGGGAGUGGGGCGUGGGGAGGGGCGGGAUGGGCAGGGGAAUGGGGAGGGGGGGCAUGGAUGGGGAAAUGGGCAGGGGAAUGGGGAGGGGGGGUAUGAACGACUUGGGGAGGGGAAUGGGAAGAGGCAUGGGUAGGGAUGGGGGUAGGGGGGGGGGUGGUAUGGAUGGGGAGAUGGGCAGAGGCAUGGGUAGGGGCAUGGGUAGAGGUAUGGCAAGAGGCAUGGGUUAUGAUGGAGGGAGGGAGGGGGGGGAUGCGCGGAGUGGGGAUGUGAGAAGUGGGGGAUUGAGGCCUGGAGAUGACAAGAGCAGCAGUGCCCUUGCGGAAGGAGGACAAGGAACAGGGUUAUUGAGCAAGGGGAAUAGAAGUGCGGUAGAGGAGGAAUUGGAAGCUAGGAAGAGAGAGAGGAUGAGGCUAAUUGCUGAGCUGGCACGGAGAGAGAGAGAGGCGGGGGAGGGAGGGGCGGAGUGGGGGGAGGGGGAAGAGGAGGACGGGGAGGGGGAGGGGGGUAAGAAGAGAGGUCGGAGGGAGGAUGGAGAGGAAUUGGAGGAAGGAGAGGAGAGGAAGAGAGUAGGGGGAAGUGUAAAGAGGAGCAGGUGGGGAGAUGAUGAAGUGGGAGAUAUGGAAGAAGGGAUGGAAGGGAAGGGAAAGGGGGAUGAAGGGAGAAAGGGGAGAGCAAGGGGGGGAGAGGAGGAGAUGAGUGGCGGAGAGGGAGAGAAGGAAGGGUGGAGAGAGGAAGGUGAGGUGGGGGAUAUGGCGGCAGGGCAUGGGGAGGAGGAAGGGGGGAAGGAGGAGGAGGGAAGGGAGCGAACGGAGGGAGUGGGUGGUUCGAAAUGGGGUAGCAGAUGGUUGGAUGAAGAGGAGGAGGAGGAGGGAGCAGGGGAAGGAGCAGGAGAGGGAGCAGAUGAGGAGGGUAGAGCGAGGGUUAAUACCCCGGAUGAGGAGGGUAGAAUGAGGGUUAGUACCCCGGAUGAGGAGGGUAGAACGGGGGAUAAUACCCCUAAUGAUAGGGGUGGAAGGAGAGACGGGGGGGCUAAUACUAUGGAGGGGGAGGGGGAGGGGGAGGGGGAGGGAGAUGAGGAGGGGAACGGGAAGGGGAAGGGAAAAGGGGAGGAGCAGGAGGGAGGUAGGAGCAAGAGGAGGUGGAGGGAGGGUGGUGAUAGUGAAGAGGUUGGCAGUAGAGGGGGUGAGAGUGUGAAGGAAGGAGAAGGUGGGGGAGGUAUCGAAGAGGGGAGGAAGAAGGCAGAGAGGGAGGCUGAUGGUGAGGGUAAGGACGAGGAUGAGGGUGAUGUGGAUAGAAAAGGAGAUAACGAAGGGAUUGAUGAUCGAAGGAGGGAUGAUAAGUUCCGGGAGAGCUCCACGUCUCCUCUUCCCUAUGAUCCAUCGUUGUCAGAAGCAGGAGCAGCAGAAGCAGCAGCAGAAGCAGCAGCCGAUGCAGCAGCGGUGAAAGCCAUAUUCGGCGGCUGUCGCAGUGUGGACUCUUUUGAACGGCUCGACGUGCUCGGGGAGGGCGUGUACGGUGUGGUGCAUCGCGCUCGGGACAAAGAAACCGGGGAGAUUUAUGCUCUCAAACGAGUCAAGAUGGAGAAGGAGCGAGAGGGUUUCCCGCUGACGUCGCUCCGGGAGAUUAAUAUACUAUUGUCUCUAGACCACCCGGCGAUCGUGGGGGUGAAGGAGAUGGUAGUUAAUUCAUCCAUGGAUCGGGUUUUCAUGGUGAUGGAAUAUGUAGAGCAUGACUUAAAGGUGCUUUUAGACGCAAUGCCAAGGCCCUUCGGGCAGGCGGAGGUGAAGUGUUUAGUGAAGCAGCUUCUAGAGGGGAUAAGCUACAUGCAUGCGAAUUGGGUGCUGCAUCGGGAUCUGAAGACGUCGAAUCUGCUCAUGAACAACGCGGGGGGGAUCAAGAUAUGCGAUUUUGGCCUGGCGAGACAAUAUGGGGAUCCGCUUCGGCCGUACACUCAGCCCGUGGUUACCCUGUGGUACAGAGCACCUGAGCUGCUGCUGGGCCAAAAGGAGUAUUCCACGGCCAUCGACGUGUGGUCCAUGGGAUGCAUCAUGGCCGAAAUAAUGACCAAGAAACCACUCUUCAAAGGAGAAUCCGAAAUAGAGCAGCUGCAAAAGAUCUUCUCGCUCCUCGGCACCCCCACUGACGACACCUGGCGAGGGUUUUCGGAGCUGCCCGCGUGCAAAAAGGGAGCCCGGUUUCCGUCUUUCACGGUGAAUCGGCUGAGGGAGCUGUUUCCGGCGAUUUCGAUUGGCGGGAAGCCGACGCUGUCAGAGGCGGGGUUUGAUUUGCUGUCGCGGAUGCUCGCGUGCGAUCCCAGCCGUCGGAUCAGUGCUGCGGAUGCGGCGAAUCACGCGUGGUUUAGGGAGGAGCCGCUGCCGAUGGCGCAGCAAGACAUGCCCGAGUUUCCGAUCUUGAACGAGAAAGAACGCCGGCGCCGAAGGUCUUUCCGGAGCCCUGACCCUCUGAAGGAGCUGCAGCGGCAGGAGAAGAUGCGAGAAAAGACAGGACACACUGGCCUGUUUUCAUGA